AUGGAACUCGAAAAUAAUUCAAAAAAUAUUCAAAUAAAUGAAGAAGUAAAGGACAAUAAAGAGGAUUUAGUUGAAAAUAAUUCUUUAGAGAAUAAAAAAGAUAAUAAAAAUUUAUAUGAUUCAACAUUAGCAGAAUAUUAUCCUAAAAACUCUGAAGAAAUUGAUAAUUCAAAACCAAUUAUUGAGAAAAAAGAUGAAAAAAUUAUUUUUUUAGAAAAUCAAAUUUUACAGAUGAAUGCUUCUUUUGAUAAAAAGUUGGAAGAAGUAAUGAAUCAAUUGAAACAAUUAAAUAAUAAAAAAUGUAAAAAAGCGAAUUUUGUCUUAACAAAAAAUAAAUGGAAAGUUAUUGAUAAAGUUUGGAAAUGUUGUGAAAAUAAUUGUGUGAAUACAGACAAUCCUAGAAGUAUUUGUAUUGAAGGGAAUGGAUAUAUUAAUAUAAUUGAUGAUGAAAAUAUUUAUUAUAUUAAUUGUGAGGAGGGGAAAGGUGUUAAUAAAUAUUUUCGUGUUUGUGUUGAAAAUUCAUUUACUAAACCAAAAGAAUAUUCAAACAAUUAUUCUUUAUUUUAUUUUGAAAUUAAAUGUAUAAAAAUUGAAACAAAUGAAAAUAGAAGAAAUUGGCUGGUUAUUGGUCUAAGUUAUAAUAAUUAUUAUAUUCGAUUACUUGCAAAAUGUGCUUUAUUUAAAAAUGAAAAAAAUGAACAAAUUGAAUUGGACGGCAAUUUUAAGUGGAAUAAUGUAGAUAUUUUUGGGUGUGGAUUGGUAUAUCCACCAACUUAUAAAAUAAAUAAAUUUCCGUAUAUAUUCUUUACACAAAAUGGACAAAUAAUUGGUAAAGAAAUAUAUCCAAAAUAUAAAUGUGAUUCAUUCAAUCCAUACAUUAUUGUUGACAAUUGUUUAAUUGAAGCCAAUUUUGGGAAUGAUUUGAAGAAUAAACCUUUUAUUUAUGAUGUUAAAAAACAUGUUGUUUUUUAA